AUUCGAGCUCUGCCUCUAGACGCGAGGGAAGGCGGAACCCUUUAUACUCCGGGCGGCGCCUCCUCUUUUUCUUUCUAUCUCCACUAGCUUUCUGUUGAGUAACAAUGGCGAAAGGAUCAAAAGCUCCAAAGAGCAACAGGAAAACUCCUCAGAAGCGACUAUCUAACUUUUCCGACUCCGACAUGGACGACGAAAUUGAUGCUUUUCAUAAGCAGAGAGAUAUUGUUCCACUGGACCUAGAUGAUGAUAUUGGGGAAUCUGAUGAAGAUAAUGAACAACAUGUCUUCCAAAUUGAGGGUGAUAGUGAUGAAGACGAAGAUGAAGAUGAGGACGAAGAUGACUCUGAGGAUGACACCCAGCUAACUGGCUUUGCUGCAAAAAUCGCAAAGCAACACAAAAGUUUAAAGGCGAAGAUUGGUGGUGCUAAGGACGAAACACAAGAUGAUGCUGAAGAUGAAGAAAAUAAAAGUGUUGCGUGGGGGAGGAACAAAGGCAUCUAUUAUGAUAAUGAUAAGGGAGAAUCAAGUGAAGAUGAGGAAGAGGCAGAGGUUUUGAGGCUGCAAAAUGAAAAAACAAGGUUAUAUUCAAAUGCAGACCAUGGUCUUGAAGAUGACGAGGAAGAUGAGAGUGAAGGAGAACCAACGUUUGAGGAGAAUCUGAGAAAAGGAAAAGUUACAUCAAAAGCUAGUGUGGACCAUGGUGCCCAAGAUGAAAUUGACACUGGUUAUGAGGUAGUCAUGAAGGAUCCAAAUUCUUUGUCAAAAGAAGAACAAAUGGACAUUGUAUACAAUUCUGCUCCAGAAUUAGUUGGUUUGCUGUCAGAGCUAAAUGAAGCGGUGGAACAGCUUGAGACCAAAGUUGAUCCAAUUUUAAGCAAGCUCAAAGAAGAGAAGAAUUUAAAUAAAACAGGCAUACAAUAUAUGGAGCUGAAGAAGCAACUUUUAUUGUCAUAUUGCCAAGCAAUUACUUUUCACCUUCUUCUCAAGUCUGAAGGUCAUCCAGUUCGUGAUCACCCUGUUCUUGCUCGCCUUGUGGAGAUUAAGAACUUGUUAGACAAGAUGAAACCACUUGAUGAGAAUCUAUCAUUUGAGGUUGAGGAUUUUCUCAAGAAACAGGCUACUACAACAGUGUUGAAUUCUCCUGAGGAGAUGGCAGCUAUCGACCCUAGUUCUUUGAUCAAUAAUUCCGAAACGAAAGUAGUGUCCUCUGAAACACAAAAAGAACCUCAUGUGGAAACCAAGUUCGUGAAGAAGAAGAAUAUGCUGGAUGGUGAUAAUGGAGGAAAGCGUAAGCGUCAGAAUGAGCAAAUGGGCUUGCAGAGUGUGGAAAUGCUGAAAGUAAGAGCUGCCCUCGAGGAGAAACUGAAGCAGAAAGGUGUCUUUGACUUGAAAGCACCAAAAACCAGUGGGGUUAAGAAGAACUUAAAACCAUUGAACGGAAAGCUAGAGGCACUCGAUGAUUUUGACGACGAUGCUUUUGAUAUCGAUGAAAACCAAAAUAAAUCGAGUAAUGCAAUUCCUCCAAGUAGACUGUCCCGGCUAGUAACACAGAUAAAGAAGCCGAGGGUCAUAUCUGGAGAUGAUGAUUUACCAAAACGAGAUGAUAUUGGAGAAAGGCGAAGAAAACAUGAAAUGCGGGUUCUGGCGAGUGCUGGAGUGCAGUCUGAUGACGAUUUACAAGAUGACGAGCCUGGCACCCUUGAGGAUGAUGAAGUUAACGACACAAAUGAAGAUGGUGGGACAGACUCAGAGUCUGAUCUUUACAAAGAAAUCAAAAUAAAGCGUGAUGCCAAACUAGCUGCUAAAGCACAGAAGUAUUCAAGAACCGCUCCUUCAGUUGUUGCAGCACCAGAAACACUCUCUGAUGGGAAACGACACAUAAAUUACGAGAUGGAGAAGAACAGGGGGCUGACUCGCAAGCGCAACAAGGAUCUCAAAAAUCCAAGAAAGAAAUACAAGUUGAAACACAAGAAGAAAGAAGUUGCUAGGAAAGGACAGGUACGCGAGCAUAGGAAGCCUGCCGGUCCAUACGGUGGAGAAGGGUCUGGUAUCAAUACCAUCAGCCGAAGUAUCAGAUUCAAGAGUUGACCAUUGUUUCUAGCCUAAAAAUUUUGUUGUUUGUUAGAUUCUCAACUUUUAUAUACAUACAGCUUACGCCAUUUUUAUAUAAUUAUUCAUUUCUAGCUUCCCAUUUUA